AUGCAGAUGAGCUCACUUUCAUAUGCGGCAACUACAAAGUCUUUCGACACGGAAACUGCAGAGCACGAGCAGAACGAGCAGAACGAGCGGAUGGAGUGGAUGGAGUGGAUGGAGUGGAUGGAGUGGAUGGAGUGGAUGGAGUGGAUGGAGUGGAUGGAGUGGAUGGAGUGGAUGGAGUGGAUGGAGUGGAUGGAGUGGAUGGAGUGGAUGGAGUGGAUGGAGUAG